AUGUCGCGAACGAAUGAUACUACAGGGGAGGCUGCUAGCAACAAAAAGCGAAAGGCAGACAUCACAGACUCGCCCACAGUGACAGCACCAAGCUCGAAGAAAGCUCGCCGCGAGCCUGCAUCGCCUGUUGUGAAUGCCAGUGGCGUUUCAGUACUUGGCAAGACAACCAGACGGACAUCAGUGACGCUGCCGAUAACAGCAGUAGCGCAGGAGACUGGUCAAGACCUUGGCAAGGCAGACAAGAAGGCAGAAAAGAAGAAGAGACGGAAGGCCCAGCAGUCCGAGCAGAAGCCUGGCGACGAUGCCUCGAACGACUCUCUUGACGGCCCUGCGGAUGACUCUCGGGCACUAGCUGUACGACCAGACAACGACAACGACGACGACGACGACGACGACCAUGAAGCCAAAGAACAGAAACGACAGCGUCGCACAGAGAAGAAAGCUCGUCGUGCUCUGCAAAAAGCAGAUAAUGCCGAAGCUCUAGGCACUGCAGACCUUGACAAGCAGCUACAGACAUUGGAUACGGAUGCUCUUGCCUCCCGUGUGGAUGCUGAGGUGCAAGUAUUAGGACUCCCAGUAAGGAAUUGGAGACUUUCGUCUGCGACGGGAGGGAGAUAUAUUUCACAAGAUCCUGUGUUUGCACGAGACUCGGUUACUGGAGCAGAUUUCUUGAUCUUGGCGACUUCGCGAGAAGUGCAGAUUCUUGAUCUAGAGACGUCGUUGGUCGUAAGGAGAUGUGGUAUUCGUGAUGGACUCAAGAUAAAGAACUUUGUGUUGGUGGGGACCAAUAUUAUCCGGAUUGUAUGUGUAGAGGGAGAGACCUUUGAAUGGGACUGGACCUCUGACUCGGCGAGCCUCAAGUCGGUCGCAAUCGCGGGAAAAGGACAGACGAAAGCGAUCGCUUGUUCAAGCGACGGCGAACUAUGGUACCUCCAACAUGCCGGCAAAAGCGACUUGAUUGGCAACGCAAAGCCACAGCACAUGACUGAGCGACGACUCGCCUCUCUUCUCGUGCUUGGUCAAGACAGCGCGGAGUUCAUCGUGGCGCACGGAGCUACGACGGUGGUCGUUGGAAUGUGCAAGGAUGUCUCGAAGGAGAAGCGCGAAUACAUCUGGCUUGAAUUACCCUUCCAGUCAACCAUAACCUGCCUCGAUGCACGGCUCUCUUACGAUGACACGCUAGCAACAACACCGAAAGCUUCUGCUAGCAAACGUCGACCAGCACCACAUCUCAGUCUAGCCAUCGGUCAACCCGAAGGACAAAUCCACCUCUACACCGACAUGUCAUCCCUCUUCGCUCUCAAAUCCUCCUCUACCCCCAUAUCCUCCCCUGAUUCACUCCCGGCUCCGCGCGUACUACACUGGCAUCGCACUUCACCCUCCACCAUCAAGUUCUCGCCCGAUGGCAACUACCUCGUCUCCGGCGGCGCCGAGACGGUCUUAGUACUCUGGCAAUUGGCGACUGGCAAGCAACAGUUCUUGCCACAUCUGGGUGCUGAGGUGCAACAGCUCGGGAUCAGCAAGGCGGGGGAUAGGUAUGCAGUCUUGUUGGGCGACAAUAGUGUCAUCGUUCUCAGCUCGGGUGAGCUGAAGGCCGUGGCGCAGAUUGGAGGAUUGCAAGUUACUGGUGCUAUGUCUCCUGAAUGGUCUAGGAAGGACAAGGUGGUGGAGGCGAGCGUAGAGAGGAAGUCUGUGGCAGCUAUCAUGCACCCUCUACACUCAACGCAGGUCUUGCUCUCGGUCCCUUCGACACAACCGAAAGCAGCGACAGAAGCCGCGCUCGCGAGACCAUGGAUCCAGACUUUCGACUUCCGCUCUGAUCGGCAUAUCGGCCGCCAGGCCCUAGCGAGGACGAGUAUCACGGACUUCAACCGCGGUCCCGAGGGCGAAGGGAUCGUGGACCCGGAUCUGGAGCUCUUGGCUGUUUGUACCUCGGAUGUAGCCAACCAGGGCAAGGAGGCGUGGUUGGCUAGUGUCGAUUCGUGGAUGCCGAGCGAGAGGGAUGUGGAGAGGUAUGCUACUGAGAUUGACGGAGCGAGGGAGGAGACGGGAUCGGUUCAUGCGCAGCGCUUGGCGAGGAGAGAGGUGUCGCUUAAGUUCUGGAGGUGGGAUGAGAAGGUGCAGGUUGGUGGGGCGUGGGGGUUGAAUACUAAGGUUUCUGGACCCCAUGUACGGACUUCUGGGGAUGCUGGUGAGGCUCUGCUGGGAGACGGGAAGGUGCUGGCUUUGCUCUCCACACCCUCUGCUUCACGAGGCGCGGGUUUCGUGACGGUCGGCGGGGACGGCGUGGUCAAAUUCUGGAGGACGAAAUCGAGGAAAGAGGGGGGUGUGAAAUGGGUUUGCGGUCGAAGUGUCCGGCUACCAGGGAUUGGCGCACAAAAGGAUCGCAUGGACUCGCCGUUGGCAGAUGAAGAGGGUACCACUGAUAUCGUGGUGCAUGACGAGGUCAAGAGGCCUGCCGGGACGCCGCUUCGGGCUCCGAAGGCUAAUAUGGCUUACUCGCAGGACUCUUCACUUCUUGUGGUCGCUUGGCAUGCUCCCUCCAGACACCAGGGUAUACUUCUUCACUUCAUCGAUGCCCAGACGGCAGCAAUUCGAAGCACGAAGCCUGCCGUUCAUCUUCUCGGCAGCAUAGCAACUGUAGCUGAUGAUGGAGGAGAACAUGAAAUCGAGCACCUCGGUCUCCUGGAUCGCCACCUCAUUCUUGUCUCCGAUUCUACAGCCGUAGUCUGGGAUUUAGUAAGCGAUGAGCUCGUACGACGUUACAGAAUACCGGUGCGAUCCGCCAGCAGCAAGGGCAAGGUCGCUGAGACUACAGCCACACUCCUUGAAGUUAAUGCUACGGACGGCACUUUCGCGGUAGCUGUCGGCGGCGAGGUCUCUGUCUAUGCGAUCAACGAGAAGAAAGCGGUCUACCAAGGCGGCGGAAACUGGGAUGCUGCUAUUGUUACGCUGUUGCCUGGUACCGGGGGAAGGGGGUUUGUGGUUGUGUACGAGGAUGCGACGACGAGGGAUCUGAUGGCGCCGCAGAGUUCGAGGACUACAAUCAGUCUUGCCACCGGCAACGAGAUUACGGUCGUUGACGAGGAGGCCGAUGAUGCGAAUGCCAUGGCUAUCGACGACAUCUCUUCUACGACCACCCUUGCUUUACCCACCACAGACACGCAAUCUCUGGAUCUCACCUCGACACUCCUCGCUCGCAAAACCGAGGACGAAGAUACUGCCAUGGCUAGUCUCGAACACGAUCGUCCGGUCGUGCGGCCGGAACAGUUGGCUGCUAUUUUCGACACGGAACAUAGUCAUGCUAUGAUGCCUGUGAAGGAGAUGUUUGAGCGGGUGCUGGGGUUGUUUGUUGGGGGGCGGGUGGCUGUGGUGGGUGAGGUGGGGGCAUAG